AUGACAAGGGACAUCAAAGACCAUCAACAAUGGGCCCAUUUUCGCUUUGGAAGAAACCCUUCUCAUACUUCAGACAACGACACUAUUCCUCCCACGCCUAUGGAAAAACGUCAUGGCUACUUUGAUUUCUCUUUAAGUGAACAACAACAACAACACCAACACCAACAACACAACAACCAUAAUGAGCAGGGAUCUACAGUGCCACGCAUCUUUACAAUCGAACCGAGCUUGUCAAGUAUGGACGACGAAGACGACAAGACGCAACACAAUGACCCUAUUGCCAACCCAACAGAAAAGCAGGAUACACCACCACCACCACCACCAUCUUCUCCUCCUCCUCAACAACAACAACAACAACGAGGUGUAUCUUUUCGACCCAAACUCGAAUACAUCGGAAGAGUUUACUCGGCAGCAUGGAGUAUCAAUACAUUUGACGACGAACCCCGCUCAAGAAAGGAACGUUUGAUUGCCUUUUUACAUCGACGAUUCCCUUCUCGUAUCGUACGACGCAUCAUCAAAUGCACCAUCGCCUACUUUAUAUCGACAUUGUUUGCUUUGAUCAAUCCAGUGGCUGAUGCAAUUGGUCCUGCAUGUGUUUUAACAGCAGCUGGUGUCAUAUUCAAUCAUCCAGGGCGCACCAUGGGAGCUCAAUUUGAUACGACGAUUACCUCUGCACUCGGAAUUUGUAGUGCAUUAGCAUUCUCAUAUGCAGGUCUCGCAUGUUCGGUGGCAUACAACGUGAGACAUCCAGAUACCAUUCAAUAUGGCACAAUCAUCAAUGCGCUAUUCCUCUUCUUGGGCAUCUUUUUGGCUCAAACGUUACGACAAUUCUUGCCUCGCUUCUUUUUCUUUUCUUUGCAAGCAAUGACCGUAUUUAUCUUUUGUUUCACUACCACCCCUGGAUUGAUGCAAACGACCUUGCCUACGUCUUUACCCCUAAGCUAUGGUAUCCCCUUGUUGUGCGGUGCUGCCAUUUCUCAAGUAGUCAAUCUCUUUGUAUGGCCAGAGACAGCAGUGGAUGGAUUAGGACGUGCAUUGCAAGAAUCGUUUUCCAGCAGCAGAGACAUGCUCGACAUGAUCACCAAGCAAUUCUUUCUUGAUCCAGAUUCAGACAUGGUUGCAGGCGAGGUGGUGGAUGAAACAGCUGAAAAGAUGCGAGCUUCCAUGGUGAAGGUGAAAACAGCUUAUCACGAGGCCAAAUACGAGAUUUCAUAUACCUAUAUUCGACCCUACAAGCUUGGAAACAUUCAAAAGUCGCUGGAUCGAUUGACCAAGCAUUUGAAUAUCUUGGGUGGCAGUCUCAAAACCGAACGUGUAUUGUUUGAAAACGCCAUUGCAUCAUUGAAUCAGCAAGAGGAGGAUAAUGAUACGCAACAACAGCAGCAGCAGCCAUCUGAAUUACACCCUACUGAUAUCGACAGCGAUCAAGAAGAAGUACCAAAAAAGUCGACUUUGCGAUGGUUGAAUCAAGAGGAUGAACUCAAUUUGCGGCGUGCUGCUAUGCUAGCGGCUGGUAACACAAGUCCACAACAUUCUCGACCCAAUUCUCACAUGGGAUCACGUGCUGGAUCCCGGGCUGGAUCGCGCCCUGGAUCACGUGCAGGCUCCCGACGCAACUCGCUUGAUGAAGAUUACAAUGAGCAGAAUCAAAAAUCAGUAUCAUCGAUACGGUCAUUUCUCAAUAUGGCCAAACUUGGCGGUUCCCAUGCACCCAAACCACCUCCAAAACCCAAUCGGCCCAUGGGUCAUGGUGAUGGCGAGUUGUUGGUCACGUAUUUGGAAAGUCUUCGUGAUCCAUUGAUGCGACUUUCAAUGGAAUGUGUUUCGGUGCUUGAUUGUGUCUCAUACAGCAUAUGCAGCGAGCUUGAUAUGGAUGAUGAGGAUGACAAGUCCAUUUGGAAAACGUGGAAGUCGUAUAUCCGACACAUCUUGAGAUGGAAGGCAAAGACUGAAACGAGCGAAGGAAAGAAGAAAUCCUUACCCCAUGAUCCAAGCCAGUGCGAUUGUUCAAAGAAAAUGGAGCAAGCGAUAAGACGAUUUGACAAGGCUGAGAGUGAGCGUAUGCAACGACUUUAUGAUAUCAAAGGAAGCGAAGAUUUGGAUCUUGGCAUGCGUGAAGAGCUCUUUUUGGUGUUCUUUUUCAUAUUCUCAUUGCGUGAAGUGGCCAAAGAAUUGGGAAGCAUGGCUGAUACGAUGGAUGAAUUACGAUCUUCACGUCAUGGCCGUCGACCUCGCAAGCAUUUAUACAUGCCGCAAUUGACUCAAAAGUGGUGGCGCAAAUGGGCCAGCACUACCAAUCAUCAAAGUGUACGGGAUAGAGGUGGCUAUUCUUUAGCUGCCCUGAAACCAGCAAUGGCUGAGCAAGUACGCAAAACGGAUGUACAAGAAGAAUAUCGCCUUACGCGGAUGAAAACGACAGACACCAAUUCUAGAAAAAUGCGUCGCAUGUCUUCAGUGGUUUCACAAAGCAGCAAUGCACUUUCACCCAUCGAACGAUUAUCAACCAAAUCAACACUUACGAGCCUUCGAAAGCGUUCCGUCACCAAAGGUUCUUCACAUUCUGUUCCUUCGGAUCAAUUAUCCCCCACUGAAAAAACACCAUCCAAAGAGGAAGAUUUGGAAGAAGGCAAGGGGGAGGAUACUGAGAAUCAGCAACCAGAAGAGAAGGCGCCUUUGUCUCUACGUGUACGUUACGCUAUUUGGGAAGGAUACCAGUUUAUCAAGAAAUACGAGUUCAAGUUUGCUCUCAAGAUGGCUGCUGCCGUACUUAGCUUGACAAUCCCAGCCUAUGUACCAUCAUCAACAGCGUGGUAUCAAAGCGUGCGUGGCCAAUGGACAUGUAUGACUAUUAUUGCUAUUAUGAAUCCUACAAGCGGUGGAACAUUUCAUGCAAGCUUUUGGAGAAUCAUUGGCACGCUUGUUGGUGCCUUUGUUGGAUGGGGAGCAUUGGAAUCGGAUGGUGGUAGUGCUUACCUAUUAGCUUUAUUUGGCGUGCUCCUAUCGAUACCCUUUUUCUACCUUCAUUUGGCAAGCACUUACAACAAGAUUGGCACUGUCGUCCUCAUGACCUAUGUCGCUGUUGCACUUAGCAGAUACGUUACUAGCCCUCCAGAGCCUAUUUCAGCCACUGUAUGGAAGCGAACGAUUACAGUCAUCAUUGGUAUUGUAGUUGCAGUGUGUUUGAAUUGGGCGGUGUGGCCGUUUGUGGCUCGGCAUGCUGUACGCAAGUCUAUUGCCAACGUGAUUGGUGAAUUGGGUGAUUACUAUACCUAUCUGAUGGGAACGUUUCUCUUUGGUUGCCAUGCCAAACCUGCAGAGGAAGAUAUCAAGCGAGCACAAAAAUUGGAAGGAUCCAUCCAAAAGUCUAUCAACGCUUGCAAUGUACUGCUGGAGCUGACAGACCAUGAGCCAAGAUUAAAAGGGCCCUUUCCCAAGGAUUUUUACAAGGAGAUGAUUGUAUCAACAAGAAACCUUCUUGACAGACUCAUGUCGAUACGAAUUGCACUGACAAAUAUGCCCCUGGAGGUGAAGAAUGACAUAUGCAAACGUGAACUCAACGUAUACCGCCGUGAUAUGACGGCUGCUAUGCUUCUUCAUUUUUAUACCUUGCAGUCAUCGUUGCGAUCCAAGAUUCCAUUACCAGCUUAUAUGCCAUCUGCAAGAUCAGCACGAUCACGACUCAUGCGAUAUCGACACAAGUUGAGCAAAAAUGGUUAUCGAUGGGUACGAUAUCGAAACAUUUGUUGGUUUGCUAUGGCAUGUUGUGUACAAGAAAUCAUCGAGGAGCUGGAGCAUAUGAAUGAUUUGGUGCGCUUUAUUGUUGGUGAAAGCAAGUAUGCAGAUCGAGCGAGACGUUUGGAUACCUUGUUGUAG